AUGAGCUUUUACUGCACAGAGCUUGCCUCAGGAAUGUCGACCUCUCCGUCUCCCUCACAAGUCUCAGCUGGGAGCAACAAUUCCACCGACUGUUUUCAAGAUAUUUUGUCCCAGCAGCUAAGCGUAGAUGCGUCCAUGCGAGAUGAAUCACUGGUCCCAAGGGAGGCUUUGGCCUACACGCCUCAGCCGUCAGAGAUACUGAAGCAGGAGCAGAUGACGGCCCUAAAACAGCGAUUAUUCUGCGUUUUCGGCUCCCUCGGAGCCUGUGUUAGGCGCGCGUCCCAUUCGUUUGAUUUUCGGUGA